CAUCAUCAUGGCUCAUGACGAUCAGCUGGCUGUUGGCAGCUACCUAAACAGGGCGGACAUUUUUACCUCACUGCAGGGGCUCUCCUAUGCGUUAAUCUUUCUUUCGUGAGCUACCUGAAGUUGCCAUGUGGCAUACCACUUUCUCUGCUGUCUGAGGGGACGGGUAAACUUCUCGGGCGUGAAAGGGGACCGUUCAUGAUGUUUGGACGUGAAGGUUGAGCUCAGUCCUGAGGGCCUCCUUUUCUGAGGGAGAUGGCUGCUAUGGAAAGCACCUCGGUUUCAGCACAUGAGGGCCUCCUGAAUCACAAGGACCGAAAAGGGUCUGCAGAUCUCAACCAGAGGAAGAGCCUGCAUUCAGAGCUGAAGCCGGCAUUGGAUGACCCGGAGCUGGACCAGUUUUGGGUGACCACUGACGAGGACAGCGAUGGCGACGUUCCUUCCAGAAAGGCUGGCAGAAAGGUGGGACCUCCCCAGAAUGCCAGAGAGCAGGGGAGGAGACCCGGGCUCGGUCAAGUGAGCGGUCCUGAGGCAAGGGUUUCGGCCACUGGUGGACCACAUUCUCAGCGGCCAACUUUCGCGAUCGCAAACGGCAACGUCACGGCAAAAGAACAGGGGGUGCAGUCCCUUGCUGAUACGAAGCGCAGCACCUACUUUGUGGAAAGCCCGACGAGUGUGGACUCCGGCCACGACGUAUUUCUGGAGGUGCAAACGCCCCGGCGCAGCUUUGAAGCAGGAGAAUAUGAGAAGAACCUCGCAAAGCUGAGAGAGCUUGAGAGACAGACAGGAGUUGAGCGUCCUCUAGAGGCGAGGGAGGCGGGGGCCGUGGUGACGAGGGUACAUAGGAAGGUGGACAGGCUAGGGAUACAGGACGGCCAUCAGAGAGAGCAGGUUGCACGUUGCAUCCUUGAGGCUGAGCUGGGUCGAGCCCACGCGAGCGCCACUCUGUCUGAGUGGGACGGUGUCGGACAGGGCCUCAGGCAGCUGGUGGUUGAGAAAGACGCAGAGCUGAACGCGCUGAGGGCAUCCACAGCAGAGCAGAAGAAACUAGAGGCGGCCUGCCGCGCCGCCGAGCGCGAUGCCGAGACUGCGCGCCAGGAGGCCACGACCAGAGUCUCCGAAGUCGAGAAGCUGACGUCGGAGCGGGACCACUUACGGCUGGCCUUGUCAGACGCCGAGAUGGACCUCCAGACAGCCACAAACCUGCUUGGCGAGGUGAAACAAGGCCUUGCCGGGAAGAAGGAAGAGGAAAAACAUUUGGACGAGCGGAUGGCGCGGCGGCAGUCUUCGGUAAAGCUCCAGGAACGGCUCCAGGCGGCGCAGGAGGCGAUCCGGGUUAACGAGGGGGUUAUCCGCGGGUUAGAGGAGCAGCUGAGGGGGGUUAAGGAGGGUUACGUGAAGGAGCGGCAGCAGUGGGUGAAGGACGCGAUCGCGCAGCAGAGCACGAUCAUGGAGCACAUCAAGGACCGCGAGACGUAUGCGAAAGCAAAGGGGAAAGAGGUUAAGAAGCUGGGUCUUGCGGUGGAGAAGGCGCAGUUCGAGGCAGCGGAGCUCAAGGAAGAGGUCGCGAGGAAGGAUGCCGAGCUCGAGAAGUUGAGGGCGCAACUAGAGGAGAGGGUAAACCUGGCCGGAGACGAGAAGACUGCCCUAGAUAACCAGGUUAAGGAGCAGACCGCGCGAGUUACUGCGCUGGAAGAGCAGAACAGGGCGCAGAAUGCAAUCAUUGCCGGGCUCGAGAAGCUGGUCGACGAGCGGACCCGGGUCAGCGUUACCCUGCAAGAGGAGAGCGAGAGCACCAAGUCGCAGCUGGCAGUCAGUAAUCAGUUGGUUAAGUCGCUCAAGGCUCAGGUGGUUUCGCUGCAAAGUGAGCUUCAAACGGCCAAAAAUCGGGAGGAGAGUUUGAGGGCUACGAGCGAGAAAGCCAAAUCGCACGAGGCACGCGCGGCAGAAGUGACUGCAGCAUUGGCCGUGGCGACGGCCCGAGUGGGGGUUCUAGAUGGCGAGAAGGGGGAUUUGCGGAAAGCGCUCGAAGCCAGUGAGGAGAAGGUCAGGCACCUGACGGCGCAACAGGAGACGGUUCUGGUAGAGUUGAAAGAAAGGGAAGCAAACGUCGCGGCAGUCAAAGCGCAGAUCCAGAAGCUUGCGGAGGAAGCGGAAGCGAAGCUGCACGCCACGGUCGCCGAUAAGGAGGCCGAGCUGUCCGCUCAGAUCGUCGCUCUCGAGACACGGGUCCGGGAGUCCGAAGCUGCGCUGGAGCGGAGCGCCGCGGAGAAGGAGGCGCUCGAGGGCGAGAAACGAGAACUUCUAGGGGUGCAUCAGGGGCGGAACAACGGGCAGGGACGCCAAGAGCGUGAACGAUAUUCUCUAGCGGUUCUCCAGGGCCAGAGCGACGGGGAAGGAAGCCAAGAGCGGCGGCGGAGCUUCGAGCGCCGGCGGAGCCUGGAGAUCGAGGGCCCGUCGGGAGAGGACUUCGUGGGCAUGCUUCACGAGAAGGAACAGCUGCUGAGCCGGACGAUGUCGGACGCGUUGCAGAAGGAAGAGGAGAUUCGGACGCUCAGGAGGGAAGCGUCCGAGGAGACGGCGGCGCUGGCGGCGGAGCUGCAGUCGGCGCGUGAGGAGCGCGAGAAGCUGCAGCUGAGGACGGAGUUCCUGCGAAAGAAAGUGGGCGAGCUCAAGGAACAGGCCGCGCUUCAGAGCGAGGAAGCGGUGGCCUCGGUGCACGCCCGAGACACCGAGGUGACCCGCCUGCGGCGCGAGCUCGACGGCGCCAACCGCCGGGCCGAGCAACUGGCACGUGCCUGCCGCAGCCUCCAGACGCAAUUGGGUCACGUGGGCGCUGACGUGGCACCUUCAGGCGCGAGCGGGACGUCGCCGACGAAACGGAAGAGGAGCCGGUUGGACGACGCGGGGGCUGAGGAGGUUACUGAGGGGGUUAGGGAGGGGUCAGGAGUGGUUUCGGGAGGGGUUAGCGAGGGGUUUGGGAGGGUCGCGGAGCUCGAGGCGAUGUUGGUGGGGAAGUCUAGAGAGUUGCGGGCUAAGGAGGCGGAGGUGAGGGGGUUGCAGGAGAUUCUAAGGGUCCUCGCUGGCCAGCUGGAGGAAGCAGAGGAGACGCCGGUCAAGGACGGGCUCCUGAAGGAGAACGAGAGCGGGGAGAAUCUGGAGGUCACGCCCGUGAAGACUCCGGCCAACAGUCCCACGGGCAGUCUGUCUCGCAGCAUCGACGGGAGCCUCUUGAGCGCGAUGAAGAACGCACUGCGGGGCGCAAACCUCGGCGGGAACUCUCUAGAGGUCUCCCCAGCCGUCGUGCCCAGGCGGGAACCUCUAGACGGUUCGUCCGGGAGCCUGGCCGUCACGCCGGCAACCAAGGAGCGGCUGGCGCUGAAGCGCGAGAUCCGGGAGCUGUACGACCGACUGGAAAGGAAGGAAGACGAGAUGGAAGGGCGGUUGCGCCAACAGACGGAGCAGUACCGGAGCGCGGAGCGGGAAGUGCUCGGGGCGUGGCGCGAGAAGGAGGGGGAGCUGACGAAGGAGCUUGAGGGCAAGGCGGCGAAGCUGGGGGUGAUGGAGGAAGCGUUUCAGGAUCUAUUGGUGCGGCUGGAGGAAGCCAGGACGGAGGCGGAGGCGGCAGUUGCGGGGGUCAAAUUUGCGGAGCAGCGGGCCGGGGAGGCGGAGCAUGCGCGGCGGAUGCUGAAGAGGCGGCUGCAGAAACUAGAGGAGGUGGACAAAACAGGCGACGGGAUGUGGCGAGAGCUUGCUCGCCUCGCGGCCGCAAACGCCGCGCUUGAAGACCAAAUCGCCCAGAUGAGCACCGCACCUGCCAGCCCUGCGCUUCCCAAUCCUAGUCCCCAACCCCGAAGCAGCCUGCAGACACUUGACAAGCCCCCUGCGCCACCAUUGAACGGUUCGAACAGGAGCCCGGCAGACAGCGGCAACGAUAUUAGGGGCAGCGGUAACGGUUCGAAGGGGAGCCCGACCGGGAGCUCGAGCGGACGGGACGGAGUGCGGCUGAGCAACGACGUUGCUGCAAACCUGAGCAGGACGUUCGGGCUGUCACGAUUGCCUACGAGCUCAGAGGAGGGCGUCCAACCAAAUUCAACCAAAGUAGCGAAGUCAGAAGCCGGUCGGCCAGCGGCGGUUGAAGGAAGGAGCCCCACCCAUUCCCAAGCUUCGAAGCGGUCGGUUCCCGAACCUUCGGCGGCGCCACGGCCGUCGCGAAGAGAAGAACAGGCGAAACGGCCCUCGACGGCCCGGACUUUGGGUCCGGCUCCGAGCGCAAACUCGUACGAAAGCGCCCGGAGGUCCGCACCGGUUUCGCCCACGACGUCACCCGGCGGCACCGCAAGAAACGCGGAAGAGCUGUCGAACAGCGUGUUCGACCGGCUGGCCGUUUUGCGGCAGCGGUUUGCGGGCGAGGAAAGCGGGGGAUCCCCAACCCCAAGCCCCGGGGAUCCCUCCGAUUGGGUCCAGCCUGUGGGGAUCCCUUCACCUGGAGGAAACACUGUGCAGGCAAACUCGCCCAGCGCGGCGUCUGACAAGGGUGCUGGAAGCCAGGACGAGUCCGCAACGCAAACGAAAGGCGGGGGGGGCGCGAUCCGGAACCUGGUGCGCUGGUUUGAGACAAAAGUGCCCAGCAAGAAGUCGCCGUCCGCCGGAAGCUCGCCGGCAGCCAGGUCCCCCAGGUAUAAGACGUCCCCCGGGGGAGCUUCUCCGGGCACCGACCCGCUCCGAUUGAGCCCGGAAGUCGCGAGGUCGCCCUCUAAUGACGCCCCAGGGGGGCCGCCGGGCUUUCUACGGUCGCCGUCAAACGAACUUCUCAGCGACACACAGAAGGCGUUCGCACGGGAAUUGCCCCGGUUGGAAGUGCCGGGGGUCGCGUCCGAAGCGCACACUAAAGUGGAUGAAGUGUCUGGGAAGGGAACGUCCGGAUCGCCCAGGGCAACGAACGUCAGCCCGAGCUCCCCGGGCGUCCGGAAACGACUGGAGAUCCUCCGGCAGCGGACGGCGCUGUUGACAGAAACUUCGAGCUCGGCUGAAUUCUCGGACGAGAAACCGGCGGGUAGGGGCAAGGGAAUUGUGCCACGGUUGGGCGGGGGGGGCGGCCGGCCCCGUAUGCUGCUCGAGAGCAACAGCAGCAGCGACGCCGGGAGCCCAGAACCGCACCGGCGGACGGGCAGCCUGCGGCGGGAGGAACGCGUGUCGGAAGGGUUCGGGAGCCCGCAGUUGAACGCGGUACCGGCUUUCCUGUCGUGGAUCCCGCCCGUGGAGGCUUUGGAGAGGAAGCCAAGUGUCACCGACAAACCGGACGUACGGACAGGGGCGAAAACGGGUGAUCUGUCCAAAGGGCCAGCAGUCUCCGGGCGAUGGGAAGAGGCUCAAAGCGGCAUUGUUGCCGAUGGGAACUCGCCGAGCAGCGUUUUGGAAAGGCUAGCCGUGCUGAAAUCAAGAGGGACUCCACCGCUUGGUAUAGACGGGGCAGCACAGUAACUCUAGGUGCGGUUGCAGCUAAGUAUACACUCAUCCGUCAAAGAGUUGCACUAUCGUCAAGGAAGGGUUCGAUUCUCAUCGAACAAAGAACAUUACGCGUUUUGAUGUAGCUAGAACGAUCGGGUGACACUGCCAUGAGUGUGCAAGCUUAGCAGGCAAUCUGCCUGUUGUUUGCGGCUUGAGGCAUUCAGUAGCCUAAUGGAGCUGAAUCCAGGAAAGAACAUAACGUAGGACAAUUGUCUGACUGAAUAGACAUGCUCGCGUACUAAGGCAAGCUGCUCGCUGGCCUGCAUCGUCUAACUUUUUG